CGGUUCACGCUUUGUGAUUCACCUGACUCGAUUUUCUUCCCAACAUCAUUCCUCCGGUCAUAUACACAUUCAACUUUCUCGACGAGCGAACAAGCAUUCUCCACCGGAAAGGGAAAUAAAAACCUCCAAUCCCUCAAUGGAGGAACAGGUUGACUGCUUCGAGCAGCUGCAAGCGUUCCACCUCAAGAAUGACAGCAUUCGACAGAUUAGCCAGGAGCCGGAACGCAUCGAGGAUGAGGUGUUCGUGCGGAUUUGCUCUUCCUGCGACGGCAUCGGAAUCGGACAGCUUGCGUCGGUGUUGCAGCCAUUGCUGGAGAAGAUGCGGUCCACAGCGGGUUGCGAUGGGAAUCGGUCGCAAGUGGAGAUGACCACCGAGAAGGGGACCACUUUGAAGGAGAUUAUAUCGGAAGUGCUAUUGCGAAUUGACGAAUUUCGUUCUCUGGAUCAGUACAUAUGGCUGCUGAAGUUCUCCUGCUGUUUAUGUCUUCUAAAGGAUCUUCCCAUUGGAAUGAGCUUCGAGAUUAACAAGGUCAUUCGAUCUGUGGCCGAGUUGGACACGGAAGAGUAUGAAUUCGACCCACUAAUGAUCCACACAAUCACUAAAAGCCUGUUCGAGGAAAUACCCCUGGAAGGCAUGAACCUGGUCCACGUGGUCAAAAAGCUAACCGUACUCAACCAGAAGCUCUUCUACUACGUGUCGAUUGCACUAGUCUUUGCCGGAAUCCGGCACUACAGUCACCCGGACGAGCCGAUCGCCAUGUAUCGGUUGUACGGAUUCGGUGAUGUCCUCACCAAGUUGGAAGCGCUUAAAAUUGACAAUAUCAAACAGACACUGGACUUGCGUAAGUUGUUUCUGAUUUUGAAACUACUAUCCUGCUAUCAGAACGCCGUCAUUCUGAGGCACAAUGUGUGUAGCUUGGAGGACGUCCAGGAGCAACACCAGUGCUUUGCCGAGUUCUUCCGGUUCACGUUGGCCCAGAAGAAAGCGUUCACGCAGUGGCUGUGUAUGGCGCGCAAUGUCGUGACGAAUUUGAACUCCAAAUCCGGUAUGCAGGAAAUUGAGCUGAAGGAGGAUUUUCUGUUGGUGAUUGAAUUAAUUGAUCUCGAUAUGAUAGCCCUGAUGGAAGAUGACCUCGAUGAGGUAAAGGAAUAGAAAUGGGCAAAUACCGCUGACAGUAUUGAUAAUAAUAGUGUUUGAUUAGUUAAGACGUAUUUUCCGAUUCAACAAACAAUCCAACGUAUCAUGGCGUGCAUUUUCCCAAAACCAGAUAAUUGUGAUACAUCCGUGAGCUUGUCGUGGCUCAAUUAAUCGAUAAGCUAUGUUGAAAGAGAUUUGAUUUGCAAUUUAA